AUGGCUACCACUAUGCAAUCUGAGAAGGAGGAUGCGUCACAUCUUGAAAGCAUGCCGACAAAUACAGAAGAAAUAAAUAUGAAAAUUGACGAAUUCGAGAGCCCUAAUCUUGUAAAAUCAACCUUCGAUGAGCUGUCAAUACCACAGACGUUAUGGGCUUUCAAACGUGUUAUCCUCAUAUCACUCGCUGUUUACACCGGCUAUGUCUGUGAAGGUUUCGAGCUCGGUGCAGGAGGUAGCAUUAUCGCCAACACUGGGUUCAUCAAGCAGUUUGGCAACAAAGGUGACUCUGGUGUCAGAGCACUUGAUCCAACUUGGGUUUCCACCUGGAGUGCGCUUCUAAACGUCGGUCAAAUGGUGACAUUCACUUACAUCUCCUGGUUUGCGGACAGAUUCGGUCGAAAGACGUCGCUUUAUGUCGCAUGGGCAUGGCUUGUCAUUGGCUGUGUAUUUCUCAAUACUGCCAGGAGUCCAUCUGUCUGGGCCCUUGCUAAGCUUUGCAAUGGUGCUGGUAUUGGGGUUCUCCAGGUUACAUGCCAGGUUUACAUCAUGGAGAUUUGUCCGAACAGGAUCCGAGGUGGCAUGGUUACUUUCCAAGCUGUUUGUGGUGUCAAGGGCUAUGAUAUAGAAGAAGAAUACGGAAUUAUUGUGAGGACCAUCGAGCAUGAAAGGAGCAUGCUGCAAGAUGAACCAAAAUACAUUGACAUCUUCAAGGGUCUGAACCUGAAACGAACACUGACUGUGAUGCUACUUGCUGUCUCACAGCAGCUCGCCGGUCUUGCCAUCAUCAGUACCUACUCAACUUACUUUUUCUCACUUGCUGGAUUGGCCGAUCCCUUUCUCGGCACUGUUAUCAUAUCCUGUGUCAACCUCCUCGCUGUCUUGGUUUGGUCUUUCACUACCGACAAAUUCGGUCGACGCACUAUUAUCAAUACUUGCCAGACCGUCGUUUGUGUCAUUCUCUUUCUCUGUGGCGGUCUGUACUGGACUGGAGCGACGAAUGGUAACGCCAAAGCUGGCACAGGUUUGCUCGUAAUCUGCUGCUUCUGGACCUUCGCAGUUCAAAUAAUAAUCAUGUCGUACUACCUUUUUUCGGCUGAGCUGCCCUCUGCUCUUCUUAGAGUAAAAACUGGUCCGAUCACGUUUCUUACCAACUCUAUCGUUGGCGUUGCUACUUGCUAUGCCACUCCACCGAUGCUUCUCGCGCUUAGUCUCAAGACAGGUUUUGUAUAUGGCGCCUUUUCAGUUCCUAUUUGCGUCCUAAUGUGGCUCUAUCUCCCAGAGACUAGAAGCCGCUCUGUCUCGGAAAUCGACGAGCUGUAUGAGCGCAAUAUCCCAGCGUGGAGGUGGUCCAAGACUGUCACUGCCGCCGAGGAGCAGAUGCGACUUGUUGUAGAGUUGAAGGGAGUUGGCACAAUGGAAGGCGAGGCCAAGGCGCAGGUCGAGAUUAAUCUUGAACAGGCUGUAUGA